AUGGCAGACAGAUUGUUUAUAUUGGAUUACGGCGGUGGAAACACACGUUCACUCACAAAUUCAAUCAAGAGAUUAGGCUACGAAUUUGAAUGGGUUAAGGAGCCCAAAGAUCUUGCAAAUGCUGAGAAACUUAUAUUCCCUGGCGUUGGCAACUGUGGUCAAGCUGUAAAGAGCUUACACAACUCCGGUUUGUUUGAGCCACUACGCCAGUACGUCUUAUCAGGUAAACCUUACUUUGGUAUUUGCAUUGGUAUGCAAGUCCUAUUCGAAACUUCAGCAGAAUCGCCGCAGGACAAAGGGUUCGGCGUUAUACCUGGUUCUGCCGCCAAGUUUACAACAAGCGCAGUAGAUCCAAAGAGAGUUCCUCAUAUGGGUUGGUCUGCUGCUAGAAGGUUGUCAAACUCAUCGCAGAAUCCAAUCAACGGCGUUAGAGAUGAUUGUCAUUACUACUUUGUGCACUCAUACGCUGUACCCUACAAUCCAUCCAAGUUAGCUGGCUGGGCUAGCACAAUAACUCAAUAUGGUAAAGAAAUCUUUGUUAGUUCAGUACAACGUGGAUCUGUUUUAGGUACUCAAUUUCACCCUGAGAAAUCUGGAGAAGCUGGUCUUGAUCUUCUCAACAGCUUCCUCAAGACAAAGGCCGAACUUAAUCCAUUAAAGAGCUUAACAAGCUACCCAGAACCAGUUGAUGUUGAAUUAAAUGAGAAAGAUGAUCUUGUCAAGCGUAUUGUCGCUUGUUUGGAUGUACGCUCUAACGAUAAUGGUGAUUUAGUGGUCACAAAGGGAGAUCAGUAUGAUGUUAGGGAGGAUGACAACAACCCAGAAUCAACAGAUGCUGCUUCGAGCAAGCGUGAGGUCAGAAACCUCGGUAAACCUGUUGAAUUAGCUAGACGUUACUUCAGUGAAGGUGCAGAUGAAGUCGUCUUCUUGAAUAUCACUUCAUUCAGAAACUCCCCAUUAGGUGAUCAGCCAAUGUUAGAAUUAGUUAAGGCUGCUGCUGAGACUAUCUUUGUUCCACUUACAAUAGGUGGUGGUAUUAGAGAUAUGGUCGAUCCAGAUGGUACUCGUCACUCUGCAUCAGAAGUAGCACACGCAUACUUUAGAUCAGGUGCGGAUAAAGUCUCAAUUGGCUCAGAUGCUGUAUAUGCCGUUGAAGAACUGCUCAACAGAAUUAAAACCAAUACUCAACCAAUACUGACUGGUCAAUCAGCUAUCGAAACAAUCUCAGCUGGCUACGGUGCACAAGCUGUCGUUGUAUCUAUUGAUCCAAAGAGAGUUUACUUUAACCCUAACAGUGAAAAACCAUCUGAAGAGCAUCUCCCUUCGGUCAUUUACGGAAAAGACGCUAAAGCUAACACAACGGAUGAGGAGAGAAAGCUAGCUUGGUGGUAUCAGUGUACUGUUCAAGGUGGUAGAAGUUAUAGAGAUGUGGAUGUCGUUCAACUCGCAAAAGGCGUUGAAUCACUUGGCGCAGGUGAAAUACUACUCAAUUCAAUCGAUAGAGAUGGUUCAAAGAGAGGUUUCGAUGUUGAUCUCAUUCAAUUGGUUAGAGAAUCAGUAAGCAUUCCUGUCGUCGCAUCUUCCGGUGCAGGUGAAGCUCAACACUUUGCUCAAGUCUUUGAUGCAACAAAUGUCGAAGCUGCUUUAGGUGCAGGUGCAUUCCAUAGAAAAGAGUUACCAAUAGAAGAUGUGAAGAAUGACAUGCGUCAAAAAGGCUUAAAAGUAAGAACUGAACUUCCUAAAGAAUUAGUACAAAAUUUGAGUCAAGGUAAGGUUAUAUUACAAUAG